AUGAAGCCAAAUCAAGAAGAUGAAGGUAUUUCUGCGAUUACAUUAAGAGAAGUAGCAAUACUCAAAAGUUUAGAUCAUCCUAAUAUAGUGAAACUACUCGAUGUAUCAGUAAAAGAAAAAUCCAUCAUUCUAGUUCAAGAAUUUUUACAAAUUGACCUGCGCAAAUAUCUUAAAGCUAGAUACAUGAAGCCAAUGGACAGUAAAUUACUUAAAUCAUAUGCUUUUCAACUUCUUGCAGCAAUUUAUGUCUUACAUACACACAGAAUUAUGCAUCGCGAUUUGAAGCCAGAAAAUCUACUUUUAAACUCAAAAGGUCAAUUAAAACUCUGUGAUUUUGGCUUAGCGCGAUUCUUUUCAGUUCCAAUGCGUCAAUAUAGUCCACAGGUUGUCUCUUUAUGGUAUAGAGCUCCUGAAUUGUUGUUUGAACCAAGAUGCUACGAAUUAGCAAUUGAUAUCUGGAGUGCUGGAUGUAUAAUUGCAGAAAUGGCUAGAGGCGAAGUUUUGUUCACUUCCGACUCAGAAGUAGACUUGAUACAUAAAAUUUUAGCAGUAACUGGAACCCCUGAAGACAAAAAUCUUAUACAUUUGCCACAAGGAAUUACAGUACCUGAAUAUAAACCACAGGAUAUGCAAGAAGUCCUUAGAACUGAUGAUGUAUUUCUCGCGGAUCUUGUUAGUAAAAUGCUUACACUUGAUCCAAUGAAACGAAUAUCAGCAAUAGAUGCAUUAGCUCAUCCUUAUUUCAAGGAUGUCGCAGAUCCUGUUCGCCAAAUGUCACUCCCAAGUAGCUUGUUAUGA